ACAUUAUGUGGUUCAGAAUGCCAACUUGGAUCUGUGAGUGCAAAAUGCGGGAUUUACCGUAUCGGGGAUAGAUUGAUCCCAACUCACAACCAGAUUGCCGCUGAAGAUCGAAGGAGGAGAACCUUGAUAGAUAAGGUUCCACAUAUGAAUGAUUUGGAUGCGGUAGAAAAGGAAUUGAGGUACCAUGAGGUCCUCAGCAGAGUAAAUGGGGUGGCUGCACUCUCCCCGGCUGUGAUGCAGAUGCUUCAGUCUUUGGCUUUGAUACAUGGCCAACAGAAUUUGAUACAGGUAUUUCAGGGCCAUCAGGCUACACUCAAGGGUCUCCAGCAAGGCCAAAAUUUGGCCAAUGAAAGGAUCGAUUCAUUGUUUCGAGUCAUAUCUGGGAGGUCUCGAAAUCAACACAUCAAGAGAAGAGACGAGAUGAAUGAACACUCUUGCCAAAAUUGUCUUCUGGGCAUCCAUAUCCGCAGCCACUACCCGUCCAAGGGG